AUGGAGAGAAAGAGCGGACUUGGUCCGGGCAAGCCGCCCGCGAUGAUGGUGAUGAAGGUGUUCCAAGUUGACAAGCUACACUACAAUCGAGAGCGCAUCCCCAUCGGCAUUGUCAUGUUCCAGUCGGUCGGUGAGCGGGUCAACACCCUCGUGGCUUACAUCCUCAAGAAGUUCAAGAAGUGCUGUCUAAGACAGAAGCGACCCGAAGUGUCCUACAGUAACCUGGUCACCGUCGGCUUCAUCAGUUGUACAGUCAUCCUGACCAGUGGAGCCGCAGCGUUCCAGUUCUUUGAAGGCUGGGGCUUCUACGACAGCUUCUACUACUGCUUCAUCACCCUAACGACCAUCGGAUUCGGUGACUUCGUGGCGUUGCAGCAGAACAAGGCGCUGGAGAACAAGCCGGGGUAUGUGGUGUUCAGCCUGCUGUUCAUCUUCGUGGGGCUGACGGUGGUGUCGGCGUCCAUGAACCUGCUGGUGCUGAGAUUCCUCACCAUGAACACAGAGGACGAAAAGCGUGACGAGCUGGAAGCUGCGCAGAGACGGUCCAAGGAGAACAUCAACUCCGUCUCACACGAGAGAAUCGAGAUCAUCACGGACGGACAGAUUCCUCACUCCGACACUAGGAUGGAGUUACUCUCCGGGAACGACUUGUACAGGGCGAACGACUCCUCCCUGGCUGACAUCUCAGACUUGCUGUCCCUGUGCGGCUGCAGAUGCUGUCCCUACUUCCCCCACGGACAGUGCAGGCCCACGUACAGCUCAAGCAUACAGGAGAGUCAGAUGUUUGACCUGAAGCUCGUGGAGUCGUCCAACCAUAACCAGAAUCACACCCUGAAUCACAAUCAUAACCACGUCAUCGGCCUCGAGAGAUGGUCGAAGAAACGCGCAUCGGUAUGAAGAACUAUGACAAUAUUUGUCAAACAUUUCGAUAUCAGACUGUUAACGCUAGUUCACCUU